AUGGCAUCUCAAGUCCCACCUUCGAAGAAUCCAACGCCUUUAGCCGAUCGCCCACUACCUCCUUCAGCGGCUUUGUCAGAACCAGCGGAUUACAAGAAUACGUUUAGAAGUCGAAUGGCAGCUUCCAAGUACGCAGACCCAUGUGAAGCAGCUUCGAAAGCAUCAUUAGCAUGUUUGGAAAGGACGCAUUACAAUCGAGAUGAGUGUCUAGAUUUCUUCGCAGCGUAUAGGGAAUGUAAAGGUAAAUGGAUCGCGCAACGUAAAGAAGAUGCGAGAAAAGGGCGGGAUACUGUGUGA